CAAAACCUGGUCAGUUUACUUAAAUUCUGCAAACGCUAUGGUAGUAGGAGUGCUUGUUCAUUCAUUAUUGUUUUAAAAGUUUUGAGUGUGUGGUUCCAAGUUUUGAGUGUCUGGUGAUCCUGAAGGAUUUUGUAAUAGUUUUGACAUCGCUAAAAAUCAGACUUGGCAAAUAUGCAUUGGCAAAAGCUGACCUUGUUAACCAUCAGCAUGGCGGUGGCCACGAUAGGAGCCCCUCAAAGCCAGCAGCAAAUCUCUACUGCACAACAGCCACAAGUUGCGGCGAGUCAACAGGUCGCGCAGAGUAGGGACGCCUCCGUGUAUCCGUCGGAUGGCGGGUAUUCGGGUGGGUAUGCUUCGGGGGGAACGACGGGAGGUUAUGGGGGCGGUGCGGCGGCGGCGGCGCCCUCCGGGGCGUACGGGGCUCCUCCCCAGGCAGCGUAUGGUGCCCCCGCGGGAGGUCAACAACAGGGAGGAUAUGGUGGCCAACCCAAUGGAAAUAAUGGAUAUUACUACUACUACUAUCCAGUACAGGAGUCCAAAGCCGACUUUCAUCCCCAGAACAAAGAGGCAGCUUACACAGCCACCGACUCGUAUGGGAUCGACCCCUUUGGAAUCAUUGCCGUCCUCGCCAUCGCCGGCCUCGUGAUUGCCGGAUUGGCACUCCUCUUCCCAGGCUGGGCGUACGUAAAGAGCGACGAGCAUGUCUACUACAGAAGCAAUGAUGGUUCAUCUCCUUCCUCGAGUUUGUUAGGAUUGAGCAAAGAGGAUUAUCGGACUCUCACCAGCCUUGUUUUAGCCGCGAUUGAGGGUGAGGAUUGUAUCGAGAAGAUGAUGUGCGAUGCUGGCAAACUGGUUAAGAAAGUUAAAAAGGCCGACACAUUUUUGAGACUAAUGGAAGACUUUGCACCCGUCUCGGUCUCCGGAAACAUCAAGAAACUCCGAACCGCCAUGAAGAAGCCUGUAGAAGAGUGCAAAAAUACGACUUGUGGAAAGAAGAAGAAGUUGUAGACGUUGUACUUAAUAUAUGCAAAUUUAUAUAGGCUGUAGUUAAUUUAAUUUAAAAUAACACUGACGGGGGACUACAUACUUGACUCAUUAGCUGCUUAAAAAGCUAAGUAAAUGAGGAAAUAUUUUAACGACUAACUGACUUUUUGUAUCAAAAUUAUAAUGCUGAUACUGCUCUUUUUUAUGUAUGAUUAACACAACGACCAGAAAUAAUUAGGAAGAAGGGCAAUCUUUUUGUAAUGACGCGUUUACAAAAUCCGGUGUAUUUAAUCAUAAAAAUUUUGAUGGCACGCGUACGUACGAUAGAAACAGCCCAGCUUUAUAAUUAUUAUUUAAAUUAAUUAUCUAAUUAAUACUCAAUUAAAGGUGAUCAUACAUAAAUUAAUUUAAUAGUUUUUUUUUACAUAAACGGGAAAGGGGAGAAAACUGGAGGAAUAAAAAUACAUAGUUGCAGUUAAUUUUACAUAACAAGCUCAGCAGCAGAAUUUAGCUACCGAUUGUACUACAACUGCUUCAAAUAUUAUUAUUGGAACGACUUUUCUAGUACAUGAUUUCCAAAAUAUAAUGAUAAUUAUAAUUAUUAUUAUUAUUACAACGACACACCAGAUUGCUACCUAGCUUUACUGAAUUAUGAGUGGUGACGACAUUUAUAUGACAAAUGACGUGAUUAAAUGUAAAGACGAAAAAAA